AUGGGUGAUGCCUUCAAUGCUGAAAUCCACCCUGUCUAUCUUGGGCAAGUUUUGCACCAUCGAUAUCGAAUUCUACAGAGACUUGGAUCUGGACGCUACUCAGCUGUUUACUUAGCGAGGGACCAAAAGGAAUCAUCCUACAAGGCGAUAAAGAUAUUAAAACCAGAUUGCUACGAUGGAAAACAUGAUCUGUUUGAGUUGGAGAUACUGAGACACCUAAGCAGAGCGAAUCCAGAUCAUCCAGGUUAUCAGCACAUCACCAUUCUUCUUGAUGAUUUUAUCCAUAUUGGGCAGUCUGGGAAUCGACAUGUAUGUCUUGUUAUGGAACCGAUGGCAGAGGAUAUGAAGAGCUUUAGCUUUUUUUUUGACGGUGCCAAAAUUCCUAAUCGAAUCAUGAAACAAAUCACAAAACAGCUACUGUCUGCUCUGGAAUACGCACAUGCAUCUGGUAUCAUUCACACAGACAUCAAACAAGACAAUAUUAUGGUCAAAAUCCGAAACCCCUCUACAAUCGAUCGUUACUUAGAGGAUUCAUUGUCAAAUUCAACUGCAAAUCUCGGAGAGUAUAAUUUUGAUGAUACUUCUGAGCUUGUACACACAGAUGUUGUACUUUGCGACUGGGGGUCGGCGAGCUGGGUGAGGAAGCAUCUGACGGAAAUGAUACAGCCUAAGCUGCUUCGCGCACCUGAGGUCAUAAUUGGGGCACCGUGGGGAAAGGAGGUCGACAUUUGGAAUCUAGGAGCCCUUCUACCAGAGCUCUUGGAUACUGUACAAAUGUUUAGCGGUAAGGCGAAUGUGACUGGUGGCAUCUAUCACAUCAAGCAUCACAUUGAGGAGAUCGACGCCCUCUUUGGACCCUUUCCUUCUGAGAUGCUGGCCAAUGGAAAUCCAAAGCUAGUUGAACAUAUUUUUGACAAGAAUUCUAACAUCCGUGAUCGUACCAAGCGUCCACCAGCAAUGUUGGAAAGAUGGAUUCAAAGUCUUGAUGGUGCCGAGAAAACAAACUUCCUUUCAUUGAUCCGCUCUAUGUUAAUAAUCAACCCCAAAGAGCGGAAGUCUGCAAUGUCUCUGCAAUGUGCGUCAUGGCUUACUGUAUAA